AGACAGGAUGUGCAAACAGAGCUCUGUACUUUGGAGCAAUGGUCCACUGUGUGUCAGUGUCAGGAAACCAGAGCUGUGGGAAUGGCACCGGUUUAUUUAUCUUACUUGACUCUGCUGCUUUUGGACUUCCAGCCACUCUAUGGAGCUCCAGCCUCCGGCCCGGUGUUCCUGUCCGGCCGGACAGCCGACUCCGUCCUGAGGAGACACAGGCGCUACAACACGGGAUUGUUUGAGGAGCUGCUGAAAGGCAACUUGGAGAGAGAGUGUAUGGAGGAAGCAUGUGACCGGGAAGAGGCCAGGGAGAUCUUCGAGGACGAUGAACAGACGAGGGCCUUCUGGGCGACAUAUAGAGAUGGCGAUCAAUGUGAAUCCAGCCCGUGUCUGAACAAAGGGUCCUGCAAAGACCACAUCGGCUACUUCACCUGCGCAUGUCUCUCUGGCUUCACCGGCCAGACCUGUGAGAUCAGUCUGGCAAAGCGCUGUGACGUGGACAAUGGCGACUGCAUGCACUUCUGCGAGUCAACGGGGACCUUUGGAGCAAAAUGCUCCUGUGCGAGCGGAUACAAGCUUCUGCAGGACGGGCUCAACUGUGACCCAGAAGACGAUUUCCCCUGCGGCAGAACUGCCCUCACGAAGGCCAGCGCACCAAUCAGGAGGACUCUUUUGGGCCGGGGCAAUGAAAGCCUGCAGAACACCACACACGCCACGACGUCCCCUCCCUCGGCUCCCUCGACGCCCCCCGUCGCUGCGAAUCAGUCUGCGGAAAACCAAUCUCGAAAGAAAUUGCCCCGGUGGGUUCACGGUGACGACGAUGACGUCCAGACCGAGGAGGAGCCGCGGCCUUUUAAGCGCAUUGUCGGCGGCGAGGCCGUGAUCCCGGGAGAGAUCCCGUGGCAGGUGGCCUUGAUAGGGCGGCCCAGCGGCGAGUUGUUUUGCGGGGGCUCCGUUCUCAGCAUGUGGUGGGUCAUCACCGCUGCUCAUUGCCUGGGGGGGGAGGCCGGCUCCUUCUUCGUCAGAGUGGGGGAGCACAACAUCCACACGGACGAGGGCACGGAGCAGGACCACGAAGUGUCGGAGCGGCACAUUUACCCUCGCUACAACGCCAGCGCCAGCCUGUACAACCACGACGUCGCCUUGCUCCGCCUCCGGAGCCCCAUCGCGUUCUCCGCGACAGUGCGGCCCAUCUGCUUGGGGCCCGGGGCCUUCGGCGAGGCGCUGGUGAAGGAGUCCUCCCCGGCCACGGUCAGCGGCUGGGGCCGAACGCGCUUCCUCGGGCUCACGGCCGCCGCCCUGCAGAAGGUCGAGGUGCCCUUCGCCGACCGGAUCCAGUGCAAGCGCAGCAGCGCGGCCAGGAUCACGCAGGGCAUGUUCUGCGCCGGGUACCACGACGAGGCCAAGGACGCCUGCCAGGGCGACAGCGGUGGCCCUCACGCCAACAGCGUUCACGACACGUGGUUUCUCACGGGCAUCGUGAGCUGGGGCGAGCAGUGUGCAAAGCGGGGCAAAUACGGCGUGUACACCCGGGUUUCCCUUUACUAUCGCUGGAUCAACCACGUGAUGAGACCUACUAAACAAAGGGUGCCAUUUGACCUUGAAGACCCCGACCUCGAUUUUUAAAUGUUAUACAUUUUAAGAAUAGAACGCUCAGAAAAUGCUUCACAGAAUAUUCAUUAGGUACAUACAACUAAAGACGUAUAUCAUCUACAGGAGAAGUCUGCAUUAUAAAAAAUGCACUUGUACACAUAUGUAGGUGUGUUUAAGACAAUCAAUGUACAUAUGUCUAUGUAUCAAAUAAAUGUAUCAAACCCGA